CGGUAGCGCUGUCUUAGAAGGGCGGGGGAGAGGAGGUGGCGAGUCUGUGUUCCCUGACCCUUGGGCCCCAGCGACCCCGCACCCCUGCAGACACCCCAAGAUGAUGGGCUGUGAGGAGUCAGAGCUGGAGUCGGUGGAAGGGGGAGAGGCCGUGGCUGACCCAGGGCCACUCCCAGAACCCCGAGCCCCCGUGCCCGGAGCCCCCGUGCCGGAGCCCGGCCUGGACCUGAGCCUAAGUCUGAGCCCUCUGUCCGAGAGCCCCGGGCGCGGGCGGUCCAACUGCAGCCCGGGACGGCGGAAGGGGCGGGCGGACCGGCGGGGCGGGGCCCGCAAGGGGCGGCAGGUCCGCUUCCGCCUGGCGCCGCCCUCCCCGGUACGGUCCGAGCCGCCGCCGGCCGCCGCCGCACCGAGCGAGAAGCUCGCGGCGCCGCAGGACCUGGGGACGCCCGCGCAGCAGAGCAGCCUGGCCCUGAGCUUCGAGCUGCAGGCCGCGCGGGCCGCAGCCGGGGGCCAGUUCGAUGCCGCGAAGGCCGUGGAAGAACAGCUGAGAAAGUCGUUCCAGACCCGCUGCAGCCUGGAAGAGAGCGUGGCCGAGGGGCUGAACGUGCCGCGCUCCAAGCGGCUCUUCCGAGACCUGGUGAGCCUGCAGGUGCCCGAGGAACAGGUUCUGAACGCCGCGCUGAGGGAGAAACUGGCGCUCCUGCCGCCGCAGGCCCGAGCCCCGCCUCCAAAGGAGCCAUCUGGGCCAGGGCCAGACAUGACCAUUUUGUGUGAUCCAGAAACAUUAUUUUAUGAAUCUCCACACCUGACCCUGGAAGGUCUGCCCCCUCUCCGGCUUCAACUCCGGCCCCGCCCUUCAGAGGAUACCUUCCUUAUGCAUCGGACACUGAGGCGAUGGGAAGCGUAGACUUGGAGGCUCCCUGGAUUGCUAGUUCAUAUCUUUUUGUUUUUAAACUAUGAAAAUAAAGUGGUUUUGCUAACAAA